CUGGAGGUGUGAAUAGCUGCGGGGCGCGUACGAGGGCUUCGGGCACGACAUGAGGCUGCUGCACUGCCGCCUCUUCGCGCUCGUGUCGCGCUACUCGGCCCUCGCGGCGGACAAGUCGGCCUUCCAGGCGGCGCUCCCCCGCCCGAUGAUGAGGCUGCUGAAGGAGCGGUGGGGCGUCACGCACGAGUGCUACGCCUCGCCCCUCAACCGGUGCCUCGCCACCUUCGGCUCCGUCUUUGACGACACCGACAAGUGGUUCGGCUCGAGCGGCUCCUUCUACGCCUUCCGACCCGUCAGCGGCUGCUACGAGGCGAACCCGCCCUUCGACACGUCAAGCGUGCAGGCCUGCUUCCGUCACGUGGGCGCGCUGCUGGGCGCGAGCGACGAGCCGCUCUGUUUCGUGGUGGUCGUCCCCGAGAUGGACAUGAGCAGCAGCCUGGCGCGCGCGUUUGCGUGCGCAAAGCCCUUCUUGCGCCACCACGAGGUAGCAAAGGUGAGCGAGCACGCCUACCUGAUGGGGCUGCAGCACCAGCGCACCGGCCACGGCGAGCGCUACUGGCGACCCGUCAAAAACUCGAUGCUCUACUUUUUCCAGAACCGGCUCGGCGCCGAGUCCUACCCCGUCACGGCGGACUUUGUCGCCGAGCUCAUCCAGGCCUUCAAGGCCGUCGACUGAGCCGGCUCGGCCGUCUUCGCCGCCGUCAUCGCAUGGUCGUGUGCUGGCGCAGCUGCUGGUUGCUGAGCAUGCGGGAGGAGGGGGGAGUGGCGGGCGGCCGGCGAGUCUCGGUGUACUCGGCGCGCGGAGGAGCGAGGGCAUGCUAGCUUUUAGAUCAAAAGGCGUCGUUCAAAA